AUGCUGCAGCGGGUAUCUCGAGGGGUGGACUACGGGCUGGGCACGGCAUUUGUGGCGCUGCCGUGCAUGGUCUUUGCGGCGGCGCUGCUGUACGUGGUGGUGUACUACAGCCACCCGAUGGCGUCACUGGAGCGGCUGCCGGGCCUGGGCCUCGACUUUCGGGCAUGGGAUGCGGCUAGUCUGGCUGAGAUGUACGAGCCCAUUGCCUCGUCAUCGCUGCGGGAGCUGGUGGGCCUGUACAACACCUGGCUCCCGGCCUACUACAUCGCCCAAGCCCUGGCUCUCACCUCGAUGGUCUCGAUGGCCUGGUGGCCGCUCUACGGACACCCGACCCGCGGCCCGUCACCGUCGCUCCUCCUCACCAACCUCAUUCCGCUCGCCAUGCUUCUCGUCGACUUUCUGGUCGGACGUUCCGUCGUCGUCUUUAUCUAUGCCAUGAUCGAUCAUCGUACCGCCUCGGCACCCGGCGUUCCCUUUGAUCCCACUGCAGACGGCAACCUCGCCCUGCUUGCUACCCUUGGCGGGCUGGGCUCGCUCCUCAAGACGGGUCUCCUCAUCCUCUCGGUCAUCUCGGCCGGCUGGGGCCUUGGCGCAGAGUUCAUUAUCGAGCUCAAGCGGACGUACAAGGAGGAGUUCUCGGGCAAGUCCUUCUCGCGCCGCCGCAACAAGUCCUCUAUCAACAUGCGCCGCGUCUCUUCCAAGCAGAAGCGUCGCUGA